AUGAGAGUUACUCUUUUGCUGCUUUGCCUUAAGGUGUUUCUGUCCUCUCUUGACCUAUCACAGACUGGGUCCAUUCAAUACCUCAGUUCUCCAGAAGUGGUCAUCCCCCGAAAGGUGACCAGCAGGGCCAGGGGUACAAAAAGUUUAGGAUGGCUCUCCUACAGCCUGAUGUUUGGGGGCCAAAGACAUAUUGUCCACAUGAGAGUCAAGAAGCUGUUGGUUUCUACUCACUUUUCAGUGCUCACCUAUAGAGAGGAACAUGCCCUUCUUAAGGACUAUCCCUUUGUCCCUAGUGACUGUUACUAUCAUGGUUUUGUAGAGGGGGUCCCCAAGUCUUUAGUGGCUUUCAGUGCCUGCAACGGGGGGUUUCAGGGAGUGUUACAAAUGAAUGGCUUCUCCUAUGAAAUCAACCCCAUCAGGCACUCCAGCACAUUUGAACACCUAGUUUACACAUUAAACAAUGACAAGACACAAUAUCCACCUAUGAUGUGUGGUUUAACAGAGAAGAGAAUGGCAUACCAACACUUUGAAGAUCCUGAGAAGCCAUCUGUGAAGCAAAAUUCUGGAAAACUGUGGAACGACACAUGGUUUCUGGAGCUGGCUGUCGUGGUAGAUUAUGGUUUCUUCACUCACUCUCAACGCAAUUUGUCAAAGGUACGAGAGGAUGUGGUUCUCAUUGUUAACAUGGUGGAUUCCAUGUACAGGCAGUUGGAUACCCAUGUGACUUUGAUGGGCAUUGAGAUUUGGAAUCGAGGAAACAUUUUUCCAAUGGAGAACAUACAUCAGGUCUUAGAAGAUUUUUCUCAGUGGAAACAAGUCAGUCUUUCUCAGGUACCUCAUGAUGCAGCCCAUAUUUUCAUUAGAAGCUCACUUAUAAGUGUGCUUGGUAUAGCCUAUGUUGCAGGAAUAUGUCAUCCUCCUCUUGACUGUGGGGUGGAAAAUUUCCAAGGAGACUCCUGGUCUCUUUUUGCCAACACUGUGGCCCAUGAGUUAGGUCAUACUUUCGGUAUGCAGCAUGAUGAAGAAUCCUGUUCUUGUGGGGAAAGAGGUUGUGUUAUGAGUACUUUCAGGGUACCAGCAGAGAGAUUCACCAACUGCAGCUAUAGCGAUUUUAUGAAGACUACUUUAAACCAAGGAACUUGUUUGCACAAUCAUCCAAGACCAGGGGCAGUCUUUCUGGUGAAGCGCUGCGGGAAUGGUAUGGUUGAAAAAGAAGAGGAGUGUGAUUGUGGAUCUAUACAUGAGUGUGAGCAAGACCCCUGUUGUUUGUUGAACUGUAAACUGAGGCCUGGGGCUGCAUGUGCUUUUGGACUUUGUUGCAAAGACUGCAAACUCAUGCUAUCAGGGGAACUCUGUAGACCAAAAGUCAAUGAAUGUGACCUUCCAGAAUGGUGUAAUGGAACAUCCCACCAGUGCCCAGAAGAUGGCUAUGUACAGAAUGGGGUCUCCUGUGGUGUCAGUGCCUACUGCUAUCAAAAGCAGUGUAAUAACCAUGACCAACAAUGCAGGGAGAUUUUUGGUAAAGGUGCAAGAAGUGCAUCUCAUAACUGUUACAAAGAAAUGAACUCACAGGGAAACAGAUUUGGCCACUGUGGCACAAAUGGCACAGAAUACCUAAAAUGUGGAAUGUCAGAUAUAUUUUGUGGGAAAGUCCAGUGUGCAAACGUGGAAGACAUUCUCCAUCUCCAGACUCAUUCUGUUUUGCAGAAGAUUUAUGUCAAUGGUGACAGCUGCUGGAGUACUGACCAUCAUUUGGGGAUGGGUGUACCUGACGUUGGUGAAGUGAAAGACGGCACCACCUGCGGAAAAGAAAAGAUCUGCAUACACAAGAAGUGUAUCAGCCUGCCUGUCCUUUCAAAUUCCUGUCUUCCUGAGACUUGUAAUAGGAAGGGGAUAUGUAAUAACAAACAUCACUGCCAUUGUGACUAUGGGUGGUCCAUGCCUUUCUGCCUGCACAGGGGCUAUGGAGGGAGUAUUGACAGUGGUCCAGCAUCUCCCAAAAGAAGAAUCCAUAUUAUGGAAUUGUCAAUAAUUUUGACUGUUUUGUUUAUUAUAACUUGUCUGUUAAUAGCUGGACUUUAUAUACUAUAUCAUUGGUCCCAAAGAGACUAA